AUGCCAUCUUCAAAGACACCGUUAGAAGUUGAUGAUGUCACCAUCACCAGCUUCACCGUUACAGACAUCAGAUUCCCCACUAGUCUAGACGGAGUUGGCUCAGACGCUAUGCAUGUUGGCACGAAUGGGUCGCAUCCAUACAUUCAACUUCAUACCAAUCACCGUGAUCUGAUCGGUGAAGGCAUUGCUUUCAGCAACGGGCGCGGAAGCGAACUCAUUUGUAUGGCUCUCAACAUCUUCGCUAAACGCGUGAUUGGAAAGACAAUGCAUGAGUUGACUCGGAAUAUGGGCAAGACCUGGCGAUAUAUGGUCUCCGACUCCCAAUACAGAUGGAUCGGUCCUGAGAAGAGCGUGACGCAUUUGGCUGUUGCUGGCGUACUAAAUGCUGUCUGGGAUCUCUGGGGCAAGAUAUUGGGUCUUCCAGUAUGGCAGAUCGUGUGUGAGAUGAGUCCCGAGGAGAUUGUCCGCUGUAUCGACUUUAGGUAUAUCACCGACGUCAUCACACCAGACGAGGCCAUUGGUAUGCUUCAAAAGACUGCCCAAGGCAAGGAGGAACGCUUGAAGGAGGCAUUCGAUAAUGUUGCCGUACCAGCCUACACGACAUCCGCCGGGUGGAUGGCGUUCUCUGGCGAUAGGAUGAAGGAGGUUCUGCAUGAGACAUUGGCGCAGGGAUACAAGGUCUUCAAGUUCAAGGUUGGUACCAGCAUCGAGGCCGAUAGAGAAAGGUUGUCUGCUGUAUGGAGUGUACCGGAGGCUGUUGAGUACAUGAAGCAUUUGGUGGAGUUCAAGCCUGUUUUCAUUGAAGAACCGACAAAUCCAGACGACGUGCUCGGACACGCAGCUAUUCGCAAAGCGCUGAAGCCGUAUGGUGUUGGUGUUGCAACGGGCGAAGCAGCACAAAACAGAGUCACUUUCAAGCAAUUACUGCAGGCUGAAGCAACUGACGUUGCCCAAAUCGAUGCUGUGAGACUUGGUAGCGUUAACGAGUGCCUUGCGGUCAUGCUGAUGGCCCUCAAGUUCAAUAUCCCAUGCGUUCCACAUAAUGGUGCAAUGGGCCUGACGGAACUGACGUCCCAUCUCAGCACGAUUGACUACGUUGCUAUCAGUGGACGCAAGUCAAUGCUGGAAAACGCCGACAGUCACCGCGAGAACUUGCGACAUCCCUCCAAGAUUGUCAAUACUCACUACGUAACGCCAUUAUCACCAGGUUACUCUACAGGCUACACCGACGAAGCGCUUGAAAAGUACACUUAUCCUGAUGGCAAGUUCUGGACAUCUGAAAUCGGGUUGGAGAUCAUCGCGCAGCCUACGGGCGGCGAGCUAUAA